AUGGCUUCAUAUCUUGCUGACGCAAAAGCACCAAUCGCACAACUGUCUGCGCUCAAGGCCUUCAAUGGUCUCACCUCCAAGGAGAAGCUUUAUGCUCAUCACCUGUCGGUGGCUUCCCAUUGGGGCACUAGAGCUGUCUUGGAGAGUGUUUCACCGGAGUCUGCAGCCAUCUAUGAUCUGAUUUUAGGAAUCCAUCAGUCUAUUGAUGGCAAAUAUCACGAAGUGGUGGCGAAACAUCUCGGGGCAGAGAUCGAAACGCAGUAUUUGGAGUAUGCGUCGCAAUUUCUCAGCAACUUGGGAAACUACAAGUCUUUUGGUGAUGUCAAGUUUGUCCCACGUCUUUCCAAGGGCGACUUCGAGACUCUGGUGGAGCUGACCAAUGACGAAACAUGCCUGCAACUGUUUGAAGAGGUCAAGGACCAGCUCUACGAAAUAGACGAAUCAAAAGCGUUGCUAGGAUGGAAGGACAGCGGACACGUCAGCGCUUACUAUCCAGGAUCUGGGAUCUUGAGGAAGGACAUUGAGCUCAUCAACUCUGCUAUGGCGAAACUAGGACUGAUGCCUGAGAAUUCGAGGAUUGAGAAGAAACAUGAUGGUCAGCACAUACUGAAAGUGGCUAGUGCGGAUGUGGCUAACGUCACCGGAUAUUAUCCAGACGAGUUUCCAGUAGAGGAUGAAUCUGGAAAAGUUCUGUUCAAGGUGAUUGUUGAGUUUGGCGAUCACAAGAGGGAGUUUGCCAAAAUCGCAGAGCACUUGACUUUGGCGAAAAAGUUCGUUGCCAACGAGACUCAACUAAAGAUGCUGGAAUGCUACAUUCAAUCCUUUACUACUGGAUCCAUGAAUGCACACAAGGAGUCGCAGAAGCUCUGGGUAAAGGACAAGGGGCCGGUUGUCGAGUCUAACAUCGGGUUUAUUGAAACCUAUAGAGACCCAGCCGGAAUCCGUGGUGAAUGGGAAGGCUUGGUUUCUAUUGUCAAUAAGGAGCAAACCGCAAAAUUCCAGCAUCUUGUGAAGAACGCUCCUGACUUCAUUAAGUUGUUGCCAUGGGAUAUGGCCGUUUGGGAGAAGCCUGUUUUCCAGGCUCCUGAUUUCACCUCUUUGGAGGUUUUGACCUUUGCAGGCAGUGGAAUCCCCGCGGGAAUCAACAUUCCAAACUAUGAUGAUGUAAGGCUGAACGUUGGAUUCAAAAAUGUUUCUCUAGGUAACGUUUUGGGAGCAAAAUCGAGCUCUGAACCUGUGAGUUUCAUUGAUGAGCAGGAGCUUUACGAGAAGUACCGUGAUGGAUCCUUUGAAGUUCAGGUGGGAAUCCACGAGCUUUUGGGUCAUGGUUCCGGAAAGCUGCUGAGCAAAGAAGAUGUCGUUGGAAAAGAGGUUGUCGGUCUGAAUGGCCAGAAGGUGACCACCUACUAUAAGGAAGGUGAGACCUGGGGUUCCGUUUUUGGUUCUGUAGCCGGCAGUUUCGAAGAGUGCCGUGCUGAGACGGUUGCAAUGCAUUUGAUCAACAACAGAGACCUUCUAAAGAUUUUUGGAUUUACUGAUGUUGAAGAACAGGACAACAUCAUCUACAUCGGCUUCUUGCAGAUGUGUCGUGCUGGUCUUCUUGGUUUGGAGUAUUGGGAUCCAAAGACUGGAAAAUGGGGCCAAGCACACAUGCAGGCCAGAUAUGCCAUUCUCCAGGUUCUACUUCAGGCUGGAGAAGGACUAGUUGAGAUUGUAAGUGUUGGUGACGAUGAUCUCAGAAUCAAACUGGAUAGGUCCAAGAUCGCCACUGUUGGAGCCAAGGCCAUUGCUACGUUCUUGAACAAGUUGCACAUCUACAAGUGCUCUGCAGAUGUUGUGAACGGAGUUAAGUUUUACAACGAUAUCACUUCUGUUGAUUCAGAUUUUGCCAAGUACAGGUCCACUGUGUUGAAGAAGAAGCUUCCAAGGAGACAGUUCAUUCAGGCCAAUACCCGCGUAAACGGCGAAGGUGAAGUUGAGAUUGUCGAAUAUCCAGAGACCGAGGUUGGUAUGAUCCAAAGUUUUGUGGAUCGUGCCACAUAA